AAGUACUUCUGCUAUUUUGUGGAAAGGCCGUGUAUUUAAUAAUCAUAGUACUGUAAUCAUGGAGAGUGUGUAUAUGCUGGUUUUCGUCCUUGGGCUUUUGGGGUUUGCAUCGACUGAUUUUAUGAUCAACGAUCUGGACCACCCUUGUGUGCGGAAGUGCAAGACUGGGCAAAAACCAAUGACGUGCGAAUAUGAUUGGACGGUCGAGUCAUACUUAUCCAUGUCACGUGCUUGCUACCAAUGUCCAUUCAACGAGUUUGACUGUCAUCGACCACAUUGUAUACCCAUGGCCGGAUACAUGAGACCCGUCUACUCGGUUAACCGUCGUCUACCCGGGCCGAGUAUACAGGUAUGUGAAAAUGAUGUCAUCGUGGUUAACGUACGCAACAGAAUGCAGAACGAAGAAGGUGAGGGGAUUCACUGGCAUGGCUUGCAUAUGAGAAACGCUCAACAUAUGGAUGGGGUCCCGCAUAUUACCCAAUGUCCAAUCAGCGCUGGACACGAUUUCACUUACAAGUUCGAAGCAACUCUGCCCGGUACACACUGGUGGCAUUCGCAUGCUGGAAACCAUCGGUCAGACGGUGUGUUUGGUCCCAUUAUCAUACGACAGUCUGAAAAGGACGAUAUCAACAGCGACCUCUACGACAGAGAUGAUCCGAGUCACGUGAUUACCAUAAUCGAAUGGACAAAAGCCAUGACGAGUACUGUAGACCUGUCCCUCUUUCAUGGUGUGCAAAUGAGCCCUUGUGAUGGUAUUCUUAUCAAUGGAAGAGGAACAAAUCACGUUGUGACCCGUCCUGACAAUAUAAGUGCAUCGGUGGGCCACCAUCUGAUGUAUGUCAAGAAAGGUCUUCGAUACCGCUUCCGGGUCAUAGGGGCCGCUGCUAACGUCGCUGCGUUUAUAUUCUCCAUCGAUAAUCAUCGACUCAAAGUGAUAGCUAUGGAUGGUGCCCCGGUGGCCCCUUUCGAUGUUGAUAGGAUCACAGUUUUCUCGGGGGAUAGAUACGAUAUUGUUGUAACUGCUGACCAGCGACCAACUAAUUACUGGAUAAGAGUUGCGGGGUUGUUGGAUUGCUUUCGUCAUCAGGAGGUUGGUAUCCUGCGCUAUGCUGGAACACCGAAGGGUACCGUUCCAAAAGCCGAUAGGACUAAGAGAGCGUCAGGUAGUCUCUUGAAUCCCUAUGAUGGCAAUCUCAGCCAUGAUGCUACUUUUAUAUCGGAACUCACAGACGCUGAAGAAAAACGAGACGACCUUAGUCACGCUGACGUCACACACUAUCUCGAACUUAAUGGUGUAUGGAGAAAUGGUGCAAAGGGACUUCACCAUCCUGUUUUCUAUCCAUAUGAACGUGCAUCAAACACUACCUACACGGACACUCCUGUGACUGUCAUCAAUAAUAUAUCGUUUGCAUUCCCCCACGUACCGCUGCUAUCCCACUGGCAAGAUGUGAAGCCUUCGUCAUGGUGUAACGAGGACUCUUUGCGGAAGUCAGGCAAAAACUGCGUGUACGAGGCAUGUGAUUGUAUACAUCGGAUUGACAUCAGAGAGAAUCAGGUAGUGGAGCUGGUAUUUAUCAACGUAAUAGACAUCUUGGCCCAUCAAAUGCACCUCCACGGGUACACCACCGAGAUAAUUGGCAUGGCCAAGAUGUACGACUAUUUCACAAUUGAAGAUUUCAAGCGCUUGGAUGCUGAGGGAAAGAUCAACCGUAAUCUGAAGAAUGCUCCCAGGAAAGAUUCCUUUAUGGUGCCCCAAGGAGGAUAUCUUAUCCUCAGAUUCAGAGCCAACAACCCAGGCUGGUGGCUCUUGCAUUGUCAUGUUGAUUAUCACCUGAAGCUCGGUAUGGGCAUGGUGAUUCAUGUUGAAGGUGAUAUGGCGCCACCACCGUCUAAUAUGCCGAAAUGCACCGAUUCUUGAAUGAGACAUUCUGAUAAUUGGCUGACUAUGUCCAACAAAGCUGACUCUACACAGUAUCGAACGCUACGUAAUUUAAUAUUAAAAUUACGUGCACACGUUGGUAUUAAUAAUGCAUAAACCAUUUUCAUUGAAUUUGAUUCAAGAUAAAGAGCGGUGUAUAUAACACGUGGAGCGUCUCUGGAAGUCUCGCAUACAUUACGCGAUUCAAUAUGUCAGCAGUGCUGACUUAGAAAAUGACUUUAAAAAAAUUAUUCCCCCCAAAAACCUAAUUUAUAUGAUAAUGUGAUACUACGUUCAUUGACCCUAAAUGACAUUUUACCGUGAUCAAGUGACCUACGACUGGUGCAAGAUGAGCAAUUAUACUGGAUUACUCAUAUGUCCACAAUUCAUUAACUAUGUCCAUAACCUCCAAAGUUAUGAUGGCACGUCAACAAUUACCUACAACAUGGCCAAAGUUCAUCGACCUUAAGAGACAUUCGAUCUUUGUCAUUUGAUCUGAAACUCGCACAGGAUGCUCAGUGAUAUUUGAUUACUCUUAUGUCCAAGUUUUAUG